CUUCAUCUACGUGGACAGUAUCGUUAACAACUACAUGUCGAAGGUUCGUCUCAUUUCACCGGUGUACCCAGCAACCUUCCAACGAUGCCUUCAGAUCUGGUUCUUCAGCACAGGUGACGACCCACCUCAAUUCACAGCUACCGUCACAGUCGGGGAUACGCCCCUAACCCAGAUCAUGAGUCUCGAUGCCGAUUCUGCCAUUGGUAUUUGGAUUCCGUAUGAAGCAUCGUUUUCCAGUAGUCUAGAAUACACAAUCAUCUUUGAAGCCACCAUUGGCUAUGAUGGAGUACUUGCCCUGGAUGACAUCAACAUGAACAAGGACUACUGCGCUCCAGCCGGGUCAUGUGACUUUGAACAUGACACCUGUACAUUCUGGAACUACCCUUCCUCUGCCAAUGUCGAUGACUUUGAUUGGAUAAGAACCAAUGGAGGAACGCCCUCACAGACCUCUGGUCCAAAUACAGAUCAUUCUACCGGAACAGCAGCAGGCUUUUACAUCUACAUCGACUCUGCCUCACCUCGCCAGGCGGGGGAUUCGGCCACACUGAACUCGCCGUUGCUGGUGGGUGUGAAGUGCCUGUCUUUCUGGUAUUAUAUGGGUGGAGCCGAUCAAGGAUCUAUAAAUAUAAUGACUGAUCAUGAUUUGUGGACUAAGACAGGACCCCUGGAUAAUACAUGGCAGCAUGCUACAGUGACUGCAAGAGUAGACGAUGAGACUAAUACGUAUACGAUCGGCUUUGAAGGCGUCAUAGGAACCCCUUCCCAGAGUGACGUUGCCAUGGAUGAUAUUAACAUCUAUGACGGCGCAUGUGCAGGAGCUACUGAUGCACCUACGUGCCAGUUCUACUGUGAUAAUGGGGAAUGUCUGAAGGACGCCACCUUGGUGUGUAACUUCCAGGCUGACUGCAGUGAUAGCAGCGAUGAACUCAACUGUGGUUAUUGUGACUUUGAAUCCGGCUGGUGUAAUUACACCGACACCAGUAUAGGGAGUAUGGUAUGGCAGAGAGGUAAAGGUGCUACACCAAACUCUAACACUGGACCAUCCAAAGAUCAUACACUCAAAACGAGUGAAGGAUAUUAUCUCUUCAUCGAUGCUAGCCAAGGCUCAAGUUACAGUGAAGCUUUUCUUCUCUCUCCUGAGCUGAACGAAGCAAGUCCUAGCUGCAUUCUCGACGUCUGGGUGCACAUGUAUGGAACAGAUAUUGGUUCUUUGGGCAUCUAUCUCGUGUCUGGUUUGGAGAAAGCUCUUCUCUUCUAUCAGGAGGAUACAGGUUCCAAUGAAUGGUUCAGUGCCUCUGUGCCUGUCGGACGCAUCCGAGGGACUUUCCAGAUUCAGUUCAAAGCUGAGAGAUCGUUUGAUGUGAUUGGAGAUAUUGCCAUCGAUGACAUUUCCUUCCGUGAUUGCGACUUUCCUGCGCCCCCUGCAGGUGGAUGUGACCCAACAGAGUAUACCUGUGACAAUCAACGUUGCAUCAAUACGGAUAGAUACUGUGAUCUCACAGACGAUUGUGGAGACAUGUCUGAUGAGGAUGAUUGUGGUUCUUACGAGAAUUGCAACUUUGAGAGUGGCAUCUGUACCUGGAGUCAGUUGCUCACCGAUGAGCUUGACUGGAGACACUUUGCAGGACUCACAAGGACACCGUUUACAGGACCAUCCAGAGAUCAUACUACAGGAUUAGUAUCAGGUUACUACAUCUACAUGGAAGCAACCGAUGCGAGCCCUGGUGACAGAGCACGUCUAGCCUCAAGGACACUCAAUUCCAUAUUAUCAUCGGGGUGCUUCUUGCGAUUCUACUACUACAUGUAUGGUGUGGAUAUCAACCAGCUGAACGUCUACACGAGAGACACCAUCAACGGCCCACUGACGCUGAUCUGGAACAGGCAAGGAGAGAUCGGUGAAUACUACUUGAGAGCUGACAUUGAAGUGACGGAUCUCAAAACCCCAGUCCAGAUUAUAAUUGAAGCUGUCACUGGCAAUGGUAUAUAUGGAGACAUAGGCAUCGAUGACACAAGUUUCUCUGCUGGAUGUCAGUUCAGUGACAUACCUUUGCCCUCCAUGACGACCAAGGCACCUACAGCAGACCCUGGUGACCUUCCAACCUGCGGACCAGACUCCUACCAGUGCAACAAUGGCACCUGCUUGGAAUUUGAGCAGAGGUGCGAUGGAAAUACAGACUGCAGUGAAUCGGAAGAUGAGGCCAAUUGUGGUAACUGCGACUUUGAGACUGACAGCUGUGGUUGGUCUAGUAUCCCCAACGGACUCUACCUAUGGACCUGGAUCCAGGCGAGCAGCGCCCCCACUGGACGCGGUCCAGCCGCUGACCAUACCCUAAACCUCGGGUCGGGCCACUACAUGUUUGUAGACAGUACAUUUGGAACGUAUGGGAUGACCGCUCUCUUACUCAGCCCUCUGGUCCUUGGAAGCUCUGGCUCAAGUUGUGAGAUGGAGUUUUAUUAUCACAUGCUUGGUGAUGCAGGUUCACUGACCUCUAUCCUCUAUGUUAACAACCUUCCCGACUCAUCCUGGAUCAUGACUGGAGAUCAGGGCUCGACCUGGCACCGAGGAUCACUCCUAGUAGGACCACAGUACGCAGGACAGUACUAUGUUCGAAUGGAAGCCUCGCCUGGAAUCGGUUUUGACAACACACAGGAUACUACUGAUAUUGCACUAGAUGAUAUCAAGUUUAUCAACUGUGACAAGUCAUCAGAGUUGACAUGUGACUUUGGACCAGGAACAUCUGAAGGGACUCUAUGUGGCUGGACCCAGGCUAAUGGCUCGGACACAUUUGACUGGACAUUACGUAAAGGGAAAACAUCAUCAAGCUACACUGGACCACAGUCUGACCACACGGAUGGAACAGGUUACUAUGCGUACCUAGAAACCUCGACACCUGCAAAGAAUGGAGACUUUGUUCGUUUACUGUCUGGCCCCCUCAGGUCGACUCAGAAUCAGCCAUACUGCUUCUCUUUCUGGUACCAUAUGUAUGGGUCAUCCAUCGGUCCGUUCAAUGUGAUCCAGAGAGAUGCAGACGGUCAAAAUGAAGUGGUGGUCUGGACCAAGCAAGGAAACCAAGCAAAUGCCUGGCUGCCUGGCCAGAGGAACAUAGCAACGACCUCAAACUAUGAACUUGUCCUAGAGGCUGUAAGGGCAGGCGGCUGGUAUGGAGACAUCUCUAUUGACGACAUCUUAUUUACAGAGGGAGUCUGUCCAGGAUCAGUGGAAUGUGACUUUGAGCUUGGUUUCUGUGACUGGGUGAACCUGGGUGAUGGUAUCGAUGAUUUUGAUUGGUUAUGGGGUACUGCAGUUGGUGCAGGAGGAGUAGGACCGAUCCUAGAUCACACAACGUUUACAAGCUCAGGCCAUUAUCUCUAUGUGGACACCAGCACACAUUUCGCUGGUACCACCGGAAUCUUACAGAGCCAGGACUAUGCCCACACUGGUCCUAGAUGCGUGUCGUUCUACUAUCACAUGAGUGGAUCCGGUCCUGGAACUCUUUCAGUCUAUAGACAGGAUGAUGGGGACCUGUUUGUUAGUCCUAGCUUGACCAAGACCGGUAACCAGGGUGACAGGUGGAUGCUAGCACAGGUGGAAGUGAUUCCUGACCCAGAGAAAAGCUACAAGAUUUACAUUGAGCUCACAUCAACAGGCCCAUCCACCGGCAGCCACAUGGCCAUCGACGACGUCAACAUCGACGACAGGUUCUGCCUCGAAGAGGGCACCUGCACCUUUGAGUACGACAUGUGCGGCUACGUCAACGACUACCAGAACGAUGACUUUGACUGGAUACGAGGGAGCUACACGACGUCGUCUGGUUACACAGGACCAAGCAUUGAUCAUACAUUACAGACUGGAUAUGGUCACUAUGUCUUCAUAGAGGGGUCAUUCCGUACAGCAGGAAGCAAGUCAUGGCUACUCAGUGAACACUUCCCUGCAACCGGAGGACGUUGUAUGGAUUUUUGGUAUCACAUGUAUGGAGCUGGAAUGGGUGAUUUGAACGUUUACACUGCCACUGAAAACACGGCCCCUAAACUAGUCUUCACACAGAGCAAGAAUCAUGGUGACAUCUGGCUUCAGGCCAAGGUCAAUGUGGACGCAAUCUCAACAUUCUGGGUGAUCUUUGAGGGUGUAGUCGGGUACAACUACACCAGUGAUGUUUCUCUGGACGACAUGUUUCUGCAUCCUUCCAUCUGCUCUAUCCCCAUCGAGAUACCUACCCAACCUGCACCUCCACCAACAUCAUUACCAGACACACACAAUUGUGACUUUGAGAAUGGCUUCUGCAACUGGACACAUGAUAUCAAUAAUGACUUCGACUGGACCAGAGCCUCUGGAUCUACAGGCAGUGUAGGAACAGGACCCAGUUCGGACCACACCAAAGGGGAUCAAACAGGUUUUUACGUCUAUACUGAGAUGUCUGGCGAGGGAAGCGGUGAUGUUGCCCGAUUAGACUCUGAGCUGUUGAACAAUGUCGAUGUGGCCGGGUACUGUAUGGAGUUUUGGUUCCAGAUGUAUGGAGAUCAGAUGGGCGCCUUCACAGUCUAUGAGGAAAGAGAGGGUCUUGAGCUGCCGGUGUGGCAGGAGACAGAGCCCAGAGGACCAGGAUGGAACCAAGUCCAUCUUCACUUCACAGAAACAGGCUCAUAUUAUAUAAUCUUUGAAGGAGUUCGUGGAAAUGGUUUUAGUGGUGACAUCGCCUUAGAUGACAUAACCUUCCAUCCUGGUUCCUGCCCUACUCCAAAUGUAUGUGAUUUUGAGAACGGAGAAUGCUACUACAGUCAGACGAGUCCUGAUCAGUUUGACUGGGAAGUCAUUCAAGCAGACUCACAAUCAGCUGCCCCUGCCAUAGACAACACCUAUCGAACUGAAUAUGGCCAUGUCUUCUUUGCUGAUAUGACAGACCUUUCAUCGAACACAGAUGUUGCGAUAGUAGACAGCGGUCCCCUCCCAGCUACCACAGGAGAUGGGCAGUGUUUUCAAAUGUGGUACUACAUGACCAACUCUAAAUACUGCCAGCUCAAAGCAUACAAGGUACAGCUGGUGACUGGGCAGGCUGAGUUACUCUGGGAGAUGGAUGGAAUCACACAUGAAGAUGAGUGGCAUGUCGUGGAGAUCAACCUCAAUAAUACUGAUGGCAUUUACAAGAUCCGGUUCCAAGCCUCUACCAUAGAUUACACUGAGAAUGCUGCCAUAUCUUUGGACGACGUCUUCAUCAGCGCCAAUCCUUGCUCUCCGUUUGGCUCGUGUGACUUUGAGACCAGUCUCUGCACGUGGAAGAACGAAGAGAAGGAUGACGACUUUGACUGGCAGCGCAUCCAGGGAAGGACAGUCUCUAGUGGUACGGGGCCAACAGCGGAUCAUACUUUCGGAACACCUUAUGGUACCUAUAUCUUCAUUGAGGCGUCUGGGAAGUCUCAGAAUGACAUGGCCUACUUGAAGUCUGGUGAUUUCCUGGCAUUGCAGAAGCGAUGCUUGGAGUUUUAUUAUCACAUGUAUGGAGCUGGUGUGGGUAACCUCUACGUCCAGAGGCAGGCAGAUACAGAAACAAAGUUCACCAAUAUCAUUACACUCAAAGGCGACAAAGGCGAUCAGUGGCGACAACAAUUGGUACCAUUGGAUGUAAUAGACGGUGCCUAUUCCUACGAGUUGCAGUUAAUUGCUUCUGUUGGCACAUCCUUCUCCAGUGAUAUAUCCCUGGAUGAUAUCGCUUUCUAUGAAGGAGAAUGCCCAGCUCCUCCAUCAACCUGUGAGUUCUACUGUGAUGAUGAUGAUAAGACCUGUUUACCUAACAGUCAGUUCUGUGAUUUCACACCGCACUGUCCUAACCAGAUGGAUGAGCUUAACUGUGGAACAACAUGUGACUUUGAGGAUGACACCUGCUGGUGGUGGAACUCUGGACACAAUGUGUAUAAGUUCAUACGACACCAAGGAGAUACGCCAGACUCAAACACCGGUCCUUCCUUCGAUCACACCACACUUACUGCAUUUGGCUGGUACAUGUAUGUUGGUAUCACCCCGGACUCUGGGACGCGCUGGGCCGUGCUGUCCUCCAGGAUGCAUCGCAACGCGGCUGCUUCAUGCGAGGUGCGUUUCUGGUACCACAUGUACGGUGAGGACAUCGGGUCUCUACAGCUCUACAUCCAGGAGGAGAAGAUCUUGAUGAUGCCCUGGUAUCAGACCGGGAGCCAGGGGGAUACCUGGCAUGAAGGCAUCGCUGCGCUUGGCAGGAUACCUGGAGGAUUCAAUGUGAAGUUCCAGUCAGUGCGAACCUACACCGUGUUUGGUGAUGUAGCAAUAGACGAUAUCAGUAUGAUGCAGUGUGCACUACCAGUACCUCAAGCCAAGGAUUGUAAGAUUGAUGAGUUUCGAUGUGCUAAUAAUGCCUGCAUCCCACUAACAAGACUCUGUGACUUCACUGAUGACUGCGGAGACUCGUCUGAUGAAGCUGUCGAUAUCUGCAGUACCUAUGACAUGUGUGACUUUGAGGAUGAUACCUGUGAUUGGGUUCAGGAUACCGAAGACGAAAUGGAGUUCACCAGGAUGAGCGGACCAUCGGAACCUGGUUUCCGCAGUGGCCCAAGUCGGGAUCAUACUACACAGUAUCUUGGGUACUAUAUGGUACUGCUUGCAAGCACUGAUGGCUACGAGGACGGUGACACAGCUAGGCUAAUCAGCCCAGUUUACCAAUCUAUCGGUCCUGAUUGUAGCGUGCGCAUUUGGUACCAUAUGUAUGGAAGUGACAUUGGUACCUUGAACAUCUACCAGAGGACAAACAUAGGAGGCUACAUGAAUCUCCUCUUCACCAAGAACUGGUUUUCAAAUGAUUACUGGGAGCUAGCCAAUCUUGUUCUCCCAGAUGCAGGAUCACCUAACUACCAGAUUGUUAUAGAGGUGGUGAGGGCUGACGGUCCGUACGGUGAUAUUGGGAUCGAUGACACGUCUUUUACACCAGACUGUCUGCAGCAGAAUGGUGGCCUUCCAUCCGGUACAACGACACCAGCAUCUACUACCCUCGGUGUAUGUGGAAAGGAUAGAUGGCAGUGUGCUGAUCAGUCCUGUAUCGACAGCGAUCAGUACUGUGAUUAUCAGGAGGACUGCCCUGAUAAAUCAGAUGAAGCAUUCUGUGGACCAUGCGUGUUUGACUCAGCUGGGCUUUGUGGGUGGUAUGAUCAGAGCUAUGGAGAGUACAUAUGGCAGCAGGAACAAGGUGGGGCAGGCAAGAUACCAGAGACUGAUCAUACGGGUUCACAAAGUGGAUACUACAUGAAAGUAAUGCCUGGCAAUGGACAAUUCAGUGAGUUUGCAAGGUUCUACAGUCCUGUUCUACCUCACACUUCGGUCGAUUGCCAAUUUGACUUGUGGUUCUUCUAUCAGACAUCCAGUUCAACAGUAGAGUUCCAGCUGGAGGUGCAGGUAGGUGAUGAUCCUAGCUAUAAGAUAUGGAGCCCUUCUACGACCUCUACGUCGUCUUGGAUGAACCUACAUGUUGGAAUGGGACGAAAGGAGACAAGUUAUCAGCUCAUCAUGGCUGCAUCUGUGGAAUCCGACGAUGACAUUGUAGCGAUGGACGACAUCUCGUUCACCAACUGCAAAACCAACUCCUACAUCCCGUGCGAGAUCCUAUGCGAUAACAAGCUAUGCGUGCCGUAUACUGCAGAGUGCGACUACUCCAAUGACUGCGGGGACGGAACUGAUGAAAAGACAUGUAGUGCUUACAGAAUGUGUAACUUUGAAUCUGGCACCGUUUGUGACUGGAGUCAAGAUUCUGAUGAUGAUCUAGAUUGGAUCUGGCUCACUGGAUACCAAGGGUCGCUCGAUGGAGCCCCUUAUGAUGACCACACCUACGGUAACCCAACAGGCCAUUAUUUCUAUCUGGACUCAGCAGAAGGUGACACAAACAAGAAGGCUUUGCUGGAUGGGCUGGUUUAUUCUAGAACUCAAAACCCUGGUGACUGUGAGAUUCGUUUCUGGGCCUUCAUGAACGGAGCUAAUGUGAAUCGUCUGAGUGUCCUGACCCAAAUAUCCACCCAUGAUGAUCCUGUAAGGACCUGGACACAGACUGAAUCUACAGGAGAUGUCUGGGUUAAGAAUUCGGUCCCACUAGAUGCUGGAUACAGAUUCAAGGUUUACUUUGAAGGUAUUGCUGGAGGUCUGGAUGACAACAUAGCCCUUGAUGACAUCACAAUGACCCCAGGAUGCAUCAAAGACUCUGAUCAGACAUUACCUGUCACCGUGCAACCUACUGAUAGCCCGCAUUGUGGAGAUGGUGAGAGAGCCUGCAAAGAUGGUACAUGCAUCGCCUCAGAGAAGUUCUGUAACUUUAUAUUUGAUUGCGAUGAUGUUUCUGAUGAGAUAGACUGCCCAUCCGCCUGUGACUUUGAGGUUGACAUGUGUAUGUGGAGACAGGGGGUCAACGAUGACUUUGAUUGGUCAAGGUUCAAUAACUCAGAGGUCAAGAGUUAUGCUGGUCCCAUCUCUGACCACUCUAAAGGCAGUCCUAUGGGAAUCUAUUACUAUGUUGACGGCCUCACCAGUGGGAGUUCUCUGAAUCAACAUUCCACCUUGAUCAGUCCAACAUUCAGCCAGACAGGAAUAACCUGCAUAGUGUCGGUGUGGUACUACAUCUAUGGCUCGUCUUACGGCAACCUGGAGAUCAAACGCAAAGUGGACGGUAAGGAGAGAACCCUCAUGACCAUCAACGAGGCGAAUGCGGUCAGCGAGGAGUGGACACAGGCCAUAAUCACUCUCCCUCCAUGCUUGGCUAACUUUAAUAUCCUGAUAGAUGCAGGAAACAAACAGAACAACCCUGUCUCAGGAGGUUACGCGGUCGAUGACAUCCGCUUCGAUGACUGUGCAUUUGAUGCCUACUCACCUUCUGAGUCCUGCCCUACCGAUUCCUACCAGUGCAGUGAUCAACAGUGCUAUGAUAAGGACAGUGAGUGUGACUUGGCGAAGGAUUGCUGUACAGAUAGCGGCAACGGCAACGAUGAAGCCAGUUGCUCUACCUACAAGCAGUGUGACUUUGAGGCCGACCUGUGCAGUGUCUGGAGUCAGGUAGCAGACGACGCUUUUGAUUGGACGAGAAUCCAAGGUAGCAAGAUGAGCCAAUUAAGAUUUGACCACACGCUAGAUUCUGAAGAUGGAUAUUACUUGUAUAUGGAUCCACAAAACCGAGCACAGACUGGAGACAUAACACAACUUGGAAGUUACAUCAUCAGGGCAAGUGAUACCAACUGCAAGAUGCGGUUUUUCUACUACAUGACCGGGAUGACUGGCGGUACUCUGAAUGUCUACACUCGCACAAACAUAGGAGGC